AUGAAGGAUACAGUUGUAAAGAGAACUGGUGCUCCAUCAAGAGGUGGACGUGGAGGUGGUUCAAGAGGUGGCCCAUCAAGAGGCGGCCAAUCAAGAGGUGGCGGCUUCGGACGUGGACGUGGUGGUCCAAGAGGAGGAGGAGGAAGAGGUGGUCGCGGUGGCAGAGGUGGAGCAAACAACAAAAACAAUAGAGAUGAUGACGAGGAAGAGAACGAAAACCCACUUAGCUAUCAUGUUAAUGACAGUGAUAGUGAUGAUAACGUUGACGAGGAUAUGCAUUCGGCUGUCGACAACAAGGUUGCUGCCAACUUCCAAGACGAAGAGAUUGACGAUGCCGAGUUGAUGAACGACUCUGACGAUGACAUGGACGGUGAUUCACUAUUCACCAACAAGAAUAAGAAGAACAAAUAUCAUGAGGAAGACGAGUAUGAAGGUGUUGACUACAUUGAUAUCUCAGAGUUGAUGGAUGAUGAUGCACCAAAGAGUUUGUCAAAGAAGCAAAAGAGUACAAUGGAGGACUAUGUUGUCGAGGAUAAGAAGAAGAAGCCAGAGACAAAGGCAAAGUCAAAGGUCACUGCCCCAGCUCCAGCACAAACACCAGCACCAGCAACAUCCACAACAAAGAUGAACAAGAUACUUCAACAACAAAUGUAUGAGGACGAGGAUGAUGAGGAUAAUGAGGAACUCUUGGAAGAGGAUGAUAUUGAGCAUGAUGAAGAGGAUGACGAGUCAUCGGGCGACGACAACGAUCAAUUGUUUGGCGAGACAGCAUUCGAUGAUGAUGAUAUUCUUGAGGACGGUCAGGAGGAUGAGGAUGAUGAGCUUCAAACUGGCGAUGACGACGAGGGUCAUGACAAGCUUGCAUCUAUCAUCAGUGGACUGGACAACAAGCCCUCAACCAAGAAGCAAUCAAACAAUCUACAAGAAGUCACUGAGGACUAUGCCAACGAGUCUGGAUUCGGUCUUCGUCUUGGAGAGGAGGAUCAAAUCGACUUGGACUCAUUGCUGAGCAUGAUCCCUGAGGGAUUUGACGCACUCAAGGGUGACCUGGAGAAAUUGUCAAAGAAGGAGGCAUUGCCAUUGCCCAUGUCCAAGUUCCACUCCAAUGAACUCCAACGUAAGCUCACGUUAAAGGACGCAAAGAAUGUGCUGGACAAGUGGAUCCCAUUCAUCAAGGCCGAGCGAGAGAAGGCCUCCCACGUGUAUGAGACAAAGAUCUCGACAACUGACAACGCCUCAUUGAUGGCCGCCGCCAAGUCAGUCACAUCGACUGGCCCCUCAAGCAAGAUGGACCUGGAGAUCAAGCGAAUGAUGCAACAGUCGGGCGUAACCAACAAGCGCGACACACCCGAUGGAAUGGAGAAGCAGAGCCCCGAGGAGGAGAGGAAGAGACUGCGCGAGAUCAUCAAGCUGAGGAACAUCAUGUUCUACCAAGAGAUCAAGAACAAGCGUCAAGCCAAGAUCAAGAGCAAGAAGUACAGAAAGAUCCUAAAGAAGCAGCGUGAGAAGGAGACUGAGAAGCGCGAGGAGGAGCUGUCCAAGAUCGAUCCAGAGUUUGCCAAGCAGCGCCAGAUGCAGGCUGAGGAGCAGAGGAUCCGUGAGAGAAUGACACUGCGCCACAAGAACAACAGCAAAUUCAUGAAGAAUGCCAUGCGCGGUGGUCUGACCACCGAGCAGCGCCAAGGCAUCAACGAGCGCAAAGAGAUUGGUCACGGACUCUUGAACAGAAUGAACAAGGUAUCCAACGAGGACAGCGACAGUGAUUAUGAUGUCGAGAGAGAGGAUGAUCAAGAGGAGCAGCAGAGCCAGCGUGGAGGACGUGCGCCCGUCCACGUGUCUAAGGAGGAUGUGGAGAGCAUCGACAAGUCCAUGCCGCUGAAGGACAGAGUGACGACAAAGAUGCAGCUGCUGGGCAUGGACACCAAGAAGGUGGAGAAGGGCAUCAAUGCCAUGAAGUUCAUGCAAAACAGUCUGGAGCGUGACCUGGAUCAGAAGCUGGCGGGCAGAGUGACCAAGGGAAUGGACGACUAUGAGAUUGGAGAGAUGGACUCGCUGGACAAGGAGGCCGAUAAUGAGAACAGGAUAGCAUUGCAUAGACCAGUUCAAUCAAACAAGACCAAACUGUCCGCUCAGCAGCUCGACCAGCCCGCUGGACAAGUUGACCAAGUGUCCAUGUCGUCCGGUCACAAGAUGAAGGUGUCCACACCAAUAUCAAUUGGCAGUGAUGAACAAGAGACUGUCAACGUUGCCAAGGUUGGUGCCAACAAGAAACAACAACAACAACAGACAAAGGAGAAACAGAUCAAGAUAAACAAGGAAAUUGAUGAGGACAACUUGGACGAGCAGAUGGACAACCCAUGGCUGGAGGCCAACUCAAAAAAGACAAAGAAGGACAAGAAGAAGGAGUCGAACAAGGUGUUGGUCGAUGUCGAGAAGGUGACCAAUGCGGCCAAGGGCGUGGCCAACAAGAGGAAGGCAAUGUCCGAGCAACCACAAGAGGAGGAAACAGCAUCAGCACCAUCAACAACAGCCAGUGGCAACAAGAAGAACAAGAAGAAUCAUCCCGGUAUGAGUCUGGUCACAUCGAACAAACAGAAGGAGUUGUUGUUGGAGGCAUUCGCGAUGGACGAUGUGGAGGAUGAGUUUGCCAAGGAGAAGUCUGCCAUCAUCGAGAGGGAGUUGGACGAGCAAGACAAAGACAGCGCAAUCAAGAAGUUACCAGGCUGGGGUGCAUGGACUGGUGAUGGAAUCAAGACGAGGCCAGUCAACGAGGCAAGGCUCAAGAGAGAGCGUGAUGCCAAGCUGAAGGAGAUAUCAAAGAAGAGAACAGAUAACAAGAACUCUAGAGUUAUUGUGGACGAUAAGGCAACUGUGAAGGGUGUGUCAAGGUAUAUGUUGAACAAUCUGCCAAUGCACUAUCAGAACGUGGAGCAGUAUGAGAGCACGAUGGCAACGCCACUGGGCAAGGAUUGGAAUACAAGGACUGUGUUCCAGAAGCUUGUCGAGCCAAAGGUGUCUGUGGCAUCUGGAACCAAUGUGAAGCCAGUGACACGUGCCGACAGAGGAGCACAACAACGCAAAGCCAGUCAACAAAGACAGCAACAGAACAACAAGAAGCUGCCAACAUCACUCAACAAGGCCACACCAGAUGUUCUUGUCAAGACGUCUAAAAAAUAA